AUUUGCUAAAUCCAAGGGUCCCUGAGUCUUCGCUUUUACUUCCAUUCACUGAUAGAUACAUUCAACUUGAUUUCAGAUACCUUCCAAGUUUCUUUUCAAAACAGAGACUGAAAAUGAGGUUAUAUAAGAGUCUCACUGAUUUUUUUUUUUUCUUUAAAUGCUCUUCCUCUUUCAGGACUGUUUGAGGCUACAUUUGCAUAUAUGCACACCAGCCAAAACUAAUAGCUUCUUGAACUCUAGCCUGAAAUGCCACCCUUUAUAAAUUUCAAGUAGGCAUUUUAUCCACAUCACUGAACUAUGUAUUUUAAGAACCUGUUUUACUCAAGAGGAGGAUGGUGUAAAACAAGAACAACACAGAAGCCUGAGGGGGAUACGGCUGUGGUGUUGGGGGCCGCUGAUGUGGGGAGACUUGAUCCCAUGCCCCUAAGUCCCUGAAGUAGUUUGGGUCUCGAUAUUUCUUUCAGCAAAAUGAUGCUUCAACACCCAGGCCAGGUCUCUGCCUCGGAAGUCAGUGCGUCUGCCAUCGUCCCCUGCCUGUCCCCUCCUGGGUCACUGGUGUUUGAGGAUUUUGCUAACCUGACACCCUUUGUCAAGGAAGAGCUGAGGUUCGCCAUCCAGAACAAGCACCUCUGUCACCGGAUGUCCUCUGCACUGGAGUCGGUCACCGUCAGCGGCAGCGCCCUGGAGAUGGCAGUCACGAAAACCGAGGUAGCCCCUGAAGAAGAUGAAAGGAAAAAGAGGCGGCGGGAAAGAAAUAAGAUUGCAGCUGCCAAGUGCCGCAACAAAAAGAAGGAGAAGACAGAGUGCCUGCAGAAAGAGUCGGAGAAGCUGGAGAGCGUGAACGCUGAACUGAAGGCCCAAAUCGAGGAGCUCAAGAACGAGAAGCAACAUUUGAUAUACAUGCUCAACCUUCAUCGGCCCACGUGUAUUGUCCGGGCUCAGAAUGGGCGGACUCCAGAAGAUGAGAGAAACCUUUUUAUCCAACAGAUAAAAGAAGGAACAUUGCAAAGCUAAGCAGUCGUGGUAUGGGGGCAACUGGGGAGUCCUCAUCGAAACCUUCUACAUCCCAAACCCUGAAGCCAUUGGAGAUCUGACUUCCUGUGCACCUCUCACAUCCCAGCCGUGAAGAACCAUCGAGGCGGAAGAGCCCUUGGUGACUCAGC